AAAAAAAAAUGGAUUCCAAAGAAGUGAAGCAAGCGCUGAAGGAUGCAAGAGAAGCAAUCAGACAAAAGGAGUUCAAAGCUGCUCUCAAGCACUGCAAGAGUGCUUUGAAAGUAGACAAGGAAUGCUACAUGGCUUGGGUGUUUGUUGGAGCUGCAGCACAAGAAAUUGGCCAGCUAGAGCAAUCUGUUGCUGCAUUUAAGAGGGCUUGUGGCAUCUCCCCUGACCAAAUUCUGGCUUGGCAGGGCCUUUGUUCUCUGUAUGAGAAGCACCAGAGCCUGGGAGAUUUCGAAAAUGACCGCCAUUCUGUGUACAUGAAGCUCAUUGAGCUCACCCAAAAUGAUGCUGCAAAACAAGUUGAGAUAGCUGAUAAACUCACCAGCCACUACAGGGACAACGGAAAUGAUAGCAAGUACUUGAGUACACUGGAAGAGUGUGUUAAAAUAAUAGGUGCCAAACCAGAGACCACUAAGUUGUGGAAGUCUCUUGUGGAUUUCAGCAGUAACAAGCUGGUUACCUACCCCAAGAACCAUCAAGAGUUGCUUGUCAGAGCCUAUGCACACCUGGCUUUCUCAAGUGAAACUGAACGUCCUCGCAGAGAUGCACUGUGUCGAUCCUAUGUAGACGCUUUGUGUAAGACUGGUCACAGGGAGGAGGUAAUUAGUGAGGCCCUAAGGUUUGGGGAAAGUUUUCCAGAUUCGUCGGUUCCCAUGGAAGUCAUCAGUGGGAUGUAUGUGGACAUGACUCUUAGCAGUUGGGAAGAACCAAAGCCUUCAACAGAAAUUGACAAAAUCGAGGAACUCACCAAAAGCCGCCCAAAUCUGCAGGUUGGCUGGCUAGCAAAAGCAACCCACCUAUAUGCUUCUGGAAAUUCCAAAGAUGCUCUCGAGGCACUGGCAAGAGCUGUUCAGGUUGGGCGUAGCUCGAGAGAGGCCAGCCUGUUGCUUUCCUUGUGCAGCCUGAAGACGCACAAUUUCCGCAAGGCUGAGGUUCAUGCCCAGAAUGGUAUUUCUUUGUCACCAGGAGCAAGUGACUGGAUGUCCCAAAAACUCCUUCUGUGUUUGGCUGAGUCUCUCUGUGCACAGCAGUGUCAUGAAGAAGCAUCAGCAGCUUUAGGAAAGAUUGCAGAGGAACAUGCGAGGCAGCCUGCAGUCUUGUGGUGCUUCUUUGAAACUGCUUUGCAGUCUGGCAACUUUGAUAAGGCAGAAGAGGUUCUCAGCACUUUGCAAGAGAUUGCUUUUGAAAGCUCAAGAAUGAAAAGUGCACAAGCCAGGCUGCUUAUACAGCGUGACGAAAUAGCUGAGGCACAGGAAAUCCUUACAAGCUUUGAAGACAAAUCCCCAGAAGCCACCCAUCUGCUUGCGUUCAUUCACUGGAAACUUGGCCAAUAUGACGAAGCUGUGCCUAUCUUUUUAGAAGCGGCUCGCUUGGAUCCUCACAACUACCGAAAUUUCUUGUAUCUUGGAAGACACUACUUCUAUCACCUUAAAGAUGUUCAGAAAGCUGUAAGGUGUUUUCAGAAAGCUUUUCAACUGAACCAAGCCAGUGAAGAAGCCGGGUCUCUCCUGAGUGAUGCGCUGUGUGACCUGGGUCAGCACGAACAAAAUGUUAAAUUCUUGGAAGCAAUUACAAGCCAACUUCCUGUAAAGAGAGCAAAGUGGGCAUGGGUAAGGCUUGGUCUCCAACAAUUAAGACUUGGCAGAGCUACAGAAGCAGUGCAGUCUCUACAGAACUCGCUUCGAGCUGAUCCCAGUGACAAGUCUUGCUGGGAAUGCCUAGGAGAAGCGUACCUCAUGCGGGAGAGCCUCGGUGCUGCCCUCCUGUGCUUCAAGAAGUGCCUUGAUGCAGAUCCCAAAGAUCUCUUUUCGCUAUAUCAGACAGCCGCAAUCAAGUCUCGUCAAGGCUUGCACAAGGAAGCUGCAGAUAACUUUCAAGAAGCCCUUGAAGUCAACUCAGAGUACAUUCCUGCAAUCAAAGGUCUGGCAGAAGCGAGGCUAGCACUCGUGCGAGAACACUUGGAGCAAGGGCUCUGUGGUCUUGGCCUGCAAUACUGCCAGCAGGCUUUGGACACCGUUGCUAGAGCCUUGGAACUUCAAGGUCGGCUCGUAUGUCUGUGGAAGCUUGCGGGUGACAUUUGCUUGGUCCCUGCUGUGUACGGGAUCAACUGGGUCUCUCUGAAGCUUCCCACUUCCUUGUUGCAAGGGGAACUGGAUAGUGGCCAGGAACAGCUUACAAAGGCAUCACAAAAGUGCUACAUGACUGCUAUUCGAAUGAAGCCACGGCUGGCGUCUCUGUGGCACGACUUGGGCCUGGCCCUGUGGUUGGAAGCACGACUCAAGAAGGGAAGUUUUGACAAGGCUUUAGCCAGUGUGCGCAACGCUGUCACUCUGAAACCAGGCUGCUUUGCUUACUGGAACAGUCUUGGGGUACUGGCUGUCUCCUCAGGUGCAGAGAAUUAUGGUUUGGCCCAACAUUGCUUUAUAAAAUCUCUGGAGUUGGAGAACAAUAACUUGUACGCUUGGACGAAUCUCGGUGCCUUGUACCUUCAGGCUGGCAAUGUGCAGUUGGCGCACCAAGCUUUUGCAAAAGCCCAGUCUGUCGAACCAACAGCAAUGCGGCCGUGGGUAGGACAGGCAUUCAUUGCUGAAAAAGUACAUCACCACGACACUAUUGACUUGUUCAGACACUGCAUGGGACUUGGGAAUCACGUGAGUAAUGCGGUUAUUAAUGUGCAGUGCCAGUUUUACUCAUGAAUGUCAGAUGUAGCACUUAGCACUAAGCACGGCAGGAAUAUCUUAGUGGUUGCCUCUGAUGCUCUUUCACGCACUGUAGAUUUGGAAGGAGCCCUAGAUCCUGCAGCAUUGAACAUGCUAGGAAUACUGCUAGAACGCCAAGGACGACUAAGAAGUGCACGAGAUGCCUAUAAAAAGGCGUUGACAUUACCUGGUCAAAAUGAUGAUAAUAUCAAUUGCAUUCGCGUGAAUCUGGCACGUGUACUUUGCACUCUGGGUUGUUAUGAGGAGGCCAUUCAGCUCUGCCUGCAAACAGGGUCGCACUCAUGGGACUGUGCUUUGCAUUCUUGGUUUGUGUUACGGAAAGCUGGGUGAACUUCCGAAGCCCUAAAAGUGUAUGAGGAAGCUCUGUCGAAAAGUCCGCCCGAGAAGAAAGUGGAAGUGGAGCUAGGCAUGGCCAUGGUGACCUUGAAGGCUUCUGGAGCUGCAGCUGCUAAGGAUUUCCUACAAAACAGGUUAACCAGCGUUCCGCAGUCUCAUGAGGCUCUGGAGGCUCUCUGCUGCCUGUCCAUGCUUGCUGGAGACAGAAGUUCUUGCCGCAGUUCCACUCAAAAGCUCAUGACGCUGAGUAAAAAAAGCGUGGCACUUCACGAGAGGACUACAUCAUUGCUCUGCAGCCAGCAGUUGAUGAAGCAGUAUCGCAAGGCACCGACUGCUCGCCAAGCCCGUCGAAUACUUAGUAGUGCUGUGCAUAUUCACCCAGACAAGAGCUCCUUGUGGUCGGCGUUAACACAGGCCCUGCUGUUAGAAAAGAAGCCUAGCGCUCUCUGCUGUGCCCUGGCUGGUCUCGUUCUCGGAGAAUGCUCUCCACGACACAUGACCAUGGUUGUGCUGGCCAGGCUGAUGCAAGGAAAGGCCAAGGAGGCCCUGAGAGCUGCUCAGAAGAUGGUUUACCUCUAUCCUGACUCUCACUCAGGCUGGGUGCUUCUUGGUCUUGCCAUAAGCGAAUGCCGAAUAGUUGCUGACAAAGCUCUGCAGCAUGAUCGCUUUCUACUCGGUGCCGACACUUUGUGGAAGCUUUGGUCCAACCUGAUUCAAGUGCAGUACGCCUGUGUUCACCAGCGAUGGCAAAAAGUGUCAGAGCUGGUGCCUUUGGUUCUGUGGGGAUUCGCUGGAAGUCCACUUGUAUCCAAGUCAUUGAAUGUGCUACAGGCCAUUUCAGAAUUUCUGAUGAAAACUUCACGUCUGGAGAAAGCUUCUCUGAGCUCUAUUCAAAAUACAGUUGAAUGUGAGGACAUAGCCCCUGGAUGGCAGAUGAUUUCAAAGCUACUCCAAAGAACUGAAGACUAUAGUGGUGCCAUUGAGUCACUUGAGAGGGCAAAGAAGUAUGAUGGCAUGGAAGGAAAAAUCCUGGAGCUGGAACUGUGCCAAGCAUGGCUGGCUUUGCGUUCUGCAAAGGUUGACUCUCAGCAACGUGACGGUAUGCUUAAGGCUGCCCUAGGAUAUCUCAACACAGCACUGAGAACGAAUCCCAGAUGCAGAGCAGGCCACAUGAUUCUUGGUGUUUGGGCACUGGAGAAUAACAAUCCCAGGCUAGCGAAGAAGAGCCUCGAGCGAGUGAUGAGAUUUCACGAUGGCGGAACCUCCUGGAUUCAGUCUGCCACAGUGAAGCUGCUGUUUUUGCACUACUUGGAAAGGAAAGAUGCUGAGGCACUGAAGAAGCUGCUACCUCAAGUAGAUGAGCAACUGGACUUGCAGUCACUCAUGAGUGAAGAAAACAAAGAGCAGCUCAUUUCAAUGGGCGUUUUAUUUAAUGCUUCGGAAUUAAAAAAGCAUUGAUAUACAUGUCUUCUUUGCUCCAGCUAGCAAUAUUAUAUGUCCUCGGCUCAAUAUUUGGCGGGUUACAGCACACUUUUCUAAGAAAAAAAAA